AUGCCUAGGAGAUUGGAAGCCAAGAUUGCCGUCAUCACCGUCGAGUCCAUCAAGCGGGAUGUCCAGAGAGCAGAGAUUAUUGGAUUCCGCGCUGACCUUGGUACGGAGAGUGAGGCACAACGUGUCAUUGACAUGAUAACGGCUAUGUUCGACGGCCGUCUCGACGUCCUCGUCAACAACGUUGCAAUUCGCAAUUACGACCCUCUCGCCGAGACAACCUGGUCGACAUGGGAGCCAGUCGUGCAGAUCAACAUGUUUAGCUUUGUUUCCAUGGUGAGGGCUGCCCUGCCUCUCCUGCGCAAAAGCGGCAAGGCGAGCGUCAUGAAUGUAUCGUCCGUCAACGCGGUAUAUGGUCGCAAGGGAAUGGGCGCAUACGAUGCAAUGAAGGCUGCAGUCUUAGCAUUCACCCGAACGCUUGCCUUGGAGGUCCCGGCUACACUAGGACAGUGUUCCACACAAACAGACUAG